UGGCGGUAUGCACCUAUUAAGUUGCCAUAAAAGCUAGAGAAGAAGAAGAAGCAGAACCAUACUACUGUUGUUUUUCCGCGAAGAUGGAGGAGGUUGUGUCAAAUCUUGUGGCACCAGAAGAUCUAAAGAGGUUUGAGAAGAAAUAUAACUCUGAGCUGGUGAAAGGACCCGUUUCCAAGGAAACCACUUUUGAAUAUGCCUGGUGUUUGAUCAGAAGCAAGUACACGAAUGACAUAAUUAAAGGCAUACGGCUAUUGGAAGAACUGAUCCAUACAAGCAAAAAAGAUGAUCAGAGAGACUUUCUCUUUUACCUUGCUGUUGCAAACUACAGACUUAAGGAGUAUGAGAGAGCAUUGAAGUACAUUCGUACACUGCUUAAGAAUGAACCAGAUAACAAACAGGCCCUGGAACUGGAGAAACUCAUCAACAAUGCACUUACAAAAGAUGGCUUGGUUGGCAUGGCGAUUGUUGGCGGUAUCGGGUUAGGUGUGGCCGGAUUGGCAGGCCUUAUUGGUAUGGCAGUGGCCAAAGGUGCAAAGUCCUAAUAUGGAGUUACAGAAAAGCUUCGAUUCCAUCUGCUCUGCAAAAAAAGAGACUUAAUGUUUUCAACACCCAAUCACGUAAAACCAUGAGGAGGCCUGACUUUUUUAUUUUGUACAUUUCUGACAUGACAUCCAUAAUGAUGCUCAUAUUUUACCAAGUUUCUUUUGUUUUUCUGUGUGAAUCACCAGUUCUUUUUGGUAUGCAUAGAAGUGUGGGAUUGGAAUAAAUUAAUGUGUUGUAUUUUUUCCCUCUAAAACCUUUAAUUUUACACUGGAAUUAAAACUACAGAGGCUUGCCAAUAAGGUUUUGCACAAAUGGUUAGGAUUGAUCAUAAUAGCAUGCACUUUUUAAGUUUACUUUUUUAAACUAAAUAUAUAAAUGUAUUUACAAUAAAGUCAAUCAAUAUGGAACGUAUUUGACAAACAGUUAAUACCUCACUUCUGUUAAAGAAUUAAAAAGGUGUACUUACUAAACUAAAUCACGUGCUCGUUUCAUAUGACGAUGUCUUGCGCAGCCAGGGUCAAACUUGUAAUGCAUUGUCUUAAAGGCACAGUAUGUUCAUUGUUGUCGACAGUCUUUAUCACAUUCUGUUUACAGUGUCUGUUUACUUGUGCUGGCACGUGUUUCAACUACUUUGUGUGUGUCUCUGUGCCGCACCUUUGUAAUCUCUGCUCAUAGAUUUCAAAUUGAAAACAUUUGCGAAAGAUAAAUAUUUUUUUAAUACAUAAGGAACUCCAUCUUUCAACAAGAGCACUGUAAGCCUAGAACAGGAUAAUGCAGGGAUUGUUCCAUUUCACUUUAAUAUGCAGCAUGUCCUGUUACACUGGAAUGACAAAAUUCAGUUUUCAUUUGGGUUUAUACGGGUCUCAAAUCUCGGUUUCCUGUCAUUCAAGUGCUUGCAUCAGUAAGACAGGGUUGGAAAACUAAGAUCGGUUAUUAUAUAAAUUGUGAUUUCCAGUAUACAUUUAUCUAGUUAUACUAAGCUUUAAAAUAUUUCAUUGGCUACAAAUCACUCUUUUGUGAGUGCAGUGAUUUUAUAUAUAUAUAUAUAUAUAUAUAUGUGUAUAUGUGUAUAUGUGUAUAUAUAUAUCCUUCAAUUCAGUAAUCAUGGACAACUGAAACAGUCCUAAAAAUGUAUUGGUUUAAAGGUGUGGGAACCCUGGUAAGAGCUAGUAAACAACACUUAUAGUUGAUUAAUACUUUUAAUUUUUGAUGUGGUCUAAAGCUUUUUGCUAAAAAGUCACUCACAAAGACAUUGUCCCUCAUGCAUCAUUAGCUCAGAAAUCUCACAGAUCUGGGAGUAUGAACACUGAUUUCAACAACAGCUAACGGACCUUGAAAGUAACAAAUGCCCUGUAAAACAUGUUUAUAUAGGAUAAUGACUGAUAAUAAAAUCAAUGUGAUUUUGGGUACAAUUCCUCUAUCUUCUUCCCACAUUUUUCAUCCCUGGGCCUUUCCCUCAGAGUGAAGGGCACGUGUUAACACAUCUUCCAGUUUUAUGAUGCUGGAGUUUAUGGUUACCAUUAGAAAUGUAAUUUUAUAACAGUAUUGAGGUUACUUAUUAACUUGUAAAUCAAAUGAUGACAAGAAGACCGAUGUACAAGCUACUCUCUGUUCUUGAUGAAGACAAUAAAGAAU